AUGUGCUUCUUGGCGAAGCGAAUACAAUUCUUAGAUGUGUAUGAAAUGAAAAAAAAUAGAAAUCGAAAAAAAAACGAGCACGAAACAUCAUAUUGGAAUUUUAAAGUCCAUGGUGAUCUCAAUACAAUGAUAACGAAAACUAUAGCUCAUGGCACAGAGCAUAGAGCUGAUCUUGCUGACUUUUGUUCAUUGCUUCUGAUUCUUAGCUUUUCUCCCUCUCUUUUUCUUCUUCAUUUCAAAUUGCUCCUCUCGUUCAUGUUACAAUGA